AUGAGAGCCAACAUUGGUAAAACUAUAUUAGGAGCUAUUCGGGAAAGACAAAAUCUGUUUGUUAGUAGACAGACUUUGGUAGAAAAAAUUGUAAUAAACCCAGAAAAUAUGGAAGCCUCUGAAGUGCGAGUAAGAAUUGGACUUCAAUCAUUGUUAAUAAAAGCACGCAAAGAAGUGAUUCUUUCAGCCGGUACCAUCAACUCUCCACAGAUACUAAUGCUUUCUGGAAUUGGCCCAGAAGAGCAUUUGAAACAGCAUAAUAUCUCAGUAAUAAAGAAUCUUGCUGUUGGAGAAAACCUACAAGAUCAUUUAUUCUUUACUGGCUUUAGUGUUAAACUAGAUUUGAACGCUCUUUUACCAAGGGAUCCUAUAGACACUGUCUACGAAUACUUUAAGCACCGUACUGGUUUGUUAAGUACCACUGGUAUUGCAAGUUUCCUAUCGUUUAUCAACACAAAAAAAGAUUCUAACGUUCCAAACGUUUCUUAUCGUCACAUAAUAUUUCCCGCCAGUGAUGAUAUCCUCCUUCCUGCUGUAGUCAAAGCUUUUGGUAUGGAAGCCGAUGUGGUCGAAGCUCUGGACAAAGCAAAUAAAUACGAUCCAGUAAUGAUGAUACUACCUGGUAUUGUAAAUCCAAAAUCGAGAGGAAAAGUUCUUCUGCGAAGUAAUAAGAUUGAAGAUAUGCCUUUGAUAUAUCCGGGAUACAUGACUGAUAAUGGUGAUGAGGAUAUUCAAAGCUUAUUAGAUGCUAUAAGAUUUGCUGAAAAACUUCUCGAGACCGCAUCACUAAAGAAGCAUUUACCAGAAUUGCUCCACCUACCAAUUACAAAUUGUGAUGAAUACGAAUUUAACUCCGAUGAAUACUGGAAAUGUGCCUUAAGGCACUUAUCAACAACAUUUGGUGACUUUACUAGUACCUGUCCAAUGGGUCCAAAAGACGAUGGUGUGUCAGUGGUACAUUCCAAUCUAAAGGUGCAUGCUAUUAAGAACUUAAGAGUGGCUGAUGCUAGUGUUAUGCCGUCUAUAGUCAGUAGUGGAACUCAAGCGACUACGAUGAUGAUUGGGUACAAAGCGGCUGUGAUGAUAAAAAAGGACUGGUCUGUACAGCAUGAAGAACUGUAGAUACAAUAAAAAAUAUGGCUUA